AUGGCCGCGAGGCAGACGGUGUGCGUGACCGGCGCCGGAGGCUUCAUCGGCUCGUGGCACGUCAGGCUGCUCCUCUCCGGUGGCCACUACACGGUCCGCGGCACCCUGCGCGAUCCAGGUGAUGGCAAGCAUGCUCAUCUGAGGGCGCUAGAAGGAGCAAAGGAGAGGUUGCAGCUGUUCAAAGCUGAUCUGUUGGAUUAUGACAGCAUAGCUUCAGCAGUUGCCGGCUGUGAGGGCGUCUUCCAUGUCGCCAGCCCUGUACCCUCUAGUCGAUCGACAAACCCAGAGGCAGAGGUAAUAGCUCAUGCUGUAACAGGUACACUUAAUGUGCUCAAGGCUUGCUAUGAGGCAAAAGUUAAGCGAGUUGUCGUGGUGUCUUCAUGCACUGCUGUGUUCAUUAAUCCUAACUGGCCAAAGGAUAAAGCUUUCAAUGAAGAUAGCUGGUCAGAUGAGGAUAUCUGCAGAAAGAAUCAGGAUUGGUAUUACCUUUCCAAAACAUUGGCGGAGCGUGAGGCCUAUGUUUAUGCAGCAAAAACUGGGCUGGACAUUGUAACUGUUUGCCCAUCACUGGUGAUUGGACCCUUGAUGCAAUCUACAGCAAACACGACUAGUAAAAUCCUCAUUAAUUAUUUCAAAGGUGAUCGAGAGACUGUCGAAAAUAGGCUCUGGAAUGUAGUGGAUGUUCGUGAUGUUGCCAAUGCUCUUCUUUUGACAUACGAAAAUUCAGGGGCGUCUGGACGAUACAUAUGCAAUUCAGCUCCAGUAAAAGUUUCUGACAUGAUUAACGUGCUAAGGAACUUAUACCUGACUUAUACUUAUCCAAGAAACUUUGUGGAUGUGGAAGAAGCCUUGACAGCUUCUUCAGAGAAACUUCAGAAGCUUGGCUGGACUUUCAGGGCUACAGAAGAAACCCUUCGGGACAGCGUCGAAUCCUACCAAGCAUUUGGCAUCCUUGGUUAA